UUGUGGAAGCGCAGUUGGAGCGCAGAACCCCGAGCGCUUCGUUCCAGGGGCUGAAGGGAUAGCCGUUGGGACUCUGAGAUGCGCUUUCUUCUGCCAGUGCUCGCCCUCGCGGCCGCGCUGGCUUGCGUGAGUGAAGCGAAGGUCGUGGCUUGGAGGCUGCCGGGGCCGCGCCUGUCCCUCGUCGGCGGCAGAGUCAGCGCUGUUUUGGACGGACCGAAGACCAUGAGGCGCGCGACCUUCCUCAUGGCCGUAAACAGGCGGGUGACCUUCAGGAGACCUCAGUAUAAGGUCCGUCUUCUGUGUCAGCUGAGCGAGGACGGAGGCAAACGCUGCUCGGGCACAGGAGGACCAAACGUGACCCCCGAUGACCUCAUCUACUACGGCAUGAAGGUCAGACUCUCUCGCCGAAAGUCAACGCGCUUCAAGAACAGGACAUGGACGCCUCCUACAACGACCACACCGGCUAAGACGACCGAACGGACGACAACUACCACUACGACCCCACCCCCCGGCUUUUUGUCUCCCGUGACCUUGAGUUUCGGAAAGAUAUACGACAUACCCGUGCCUGGGGUCGGGCGUGGCGGGUUCGGUGCCAUGGCCGUGGUGUCAGCUUGAUAUAAAAGAUAGCGAAUAUCUGCUUAUCGGGGUUAGCAGGUGUGAAAAUAUAGAAGGAGCAUUUCCCACCAUUUUUUUUUUUCGCUUUUAAUGUUGGAUCUUGAUUUGAAUUAAAUUGGAUCUUGAUUUGAAUUAAAUUGGAUCUUGAUUUGAAUUAAAUUGGAUCUUGAUUUGAAUUAAGUUGGAUCUUGAUUUGAAUUAAAUUGGAUCUUUGAUUGGU